AUGAAUAAACGAAAAAUUGAAUAUAAAUCUAAUAAUAACAAUAAAAUAAAAAAAAUCAAAACUGAAACUGAAAAUGUAAACUUAACAGAAGAACAAAAAAAAGUGGUUGAUAUAGUUUUAAAAGAAAAAUAUAAUGUUGCGGUAACGGCUAGCACUUCGAUUGUAGCGUUGAAUAUUAAUGGUAUAACUAUACAUAGUUAUUCUAAUAUUGGUAUUAUGAAUAAGAGUAAGGAUGAUAUUAUUAAUAAAAUAAGAGGAGACAAGAGAAGAUCUUAUAAGUUGUAUGUUUUUUUAAGUGAAAUUUGGAAUCGAACAUUCCAACAACAUAUACUUUUAAAACAAGUUAUUAGACAAUCAGAUGAGGAUUUGAUAUGUGAAAAGAUCAUUGAUUACUUUACUCAAAAUGAUAGUAAAUUAAAAUGUAAUUUAUGUGAAGAAAUUAUCUAUAUUAGAAAUAGUGAGGCUUUAAUAAGACAUUUUAGAAAUAAACAUGAUGGAGUUAUUAAAAAAUACGAUGAUAAAUACGAACCAAUGAUGUUAUUUUCUGAUAAGAAAGCUGCAAAAUCAUAUAAUUAUAAUCUGUUACAUUCUUUAAAAGGAAAAGGAAUUUUAAAAUUUUAUUCAAAUAAUUGGAGCGUGGCUAAAGAUAAAGAAAAGAAUUUUGAUCUACCUUCAUAUAAACAGUUGAUCGAAUAUCUAGAUAAGAAUGUUUUAGCCGAAAAACUUUUAUAUUUAAAAGUUGGCAUGAAAGUUAUUUCUAUUUUUAAUGAUAAAAAUAAUAAGGGUAUUGUAAAUGGUAUCUUUAGUGUUAUUGUUGGAUUUAGAUCAAAAAUUCAUAAAAAGAUUUAUGGGAUGGAUGAAAGUAAAAUUCUGGAUUUCAUAACUACACAAGAUUUAGAUCCUGUGGUUAAAUUUGAUAAUAUUGAAAAUGAGAUAAUAUUGAAAUGGGAAAAGGUUUAA